AUGGCUCCCUCCAUCUCUGCUCCCCCUGGCCCCGGAGCAGACAACAAGUCAGCGGUUCGCGAUGAUCCUGCUUUCCUGAUUGACUUCGCUCCCGAUGAUCCUCGCGACCCACGCAACUGGUCCGAACUCAAGAAAUGGCUCCAACUCAGUCUCUACCUCCUUCCCGAGAUCUGGGCUCAGGUAAUCUCCAGUAUCUUCGCCCCUGCCACCCCCUCAUCAGCCGAAGCAGUAGGCGUCAGCGAAGCGGCAAUGCGAACUGUCCAGGCCAUUUACCUCUACGGGUUCGCUGUAGGACCCAUCGUGACGGCACCUGUAUCGGAGGACUACGGGAGACGGUACAUCCUGUUCUUCUCCGUCUUCAUGGUCGGAAUCUGCCAGCUACCAUGCGCUCUUGCGGGCAGCAUAGCCCUUAUGCUCCCCUUUCGCUUCGUUGCUGGCUUCUUCGCGGCGUGCACUUUCAACUCGAUCGGCAACGUGGGCGACAUGUGGUCCCCAGAUGACCAGGCUUGGGGAGUCAAUGCCUUCGCCCUAGCGGCGGAGACGGGCGCAUAUCUGGGAUCCGUCAUUGGCGGGUACAUUGUACAGAACAUUGGCUGGCGUUGGACCUUUGGCGCUGCUGGGCUGGGGAUGGCACUUGUGCUCAUUCUGCUGGUGUGCUUCACCCAGGAGACGCGAGGCGGGAUCAUUCUUGCAAAGGUGGCAAAACAGAAGCGCAAGGAGACGGGAGAUGAGCGCUGGUACUGCGCGCAUGAGAGGGAGGUUCAAGCCAAGAGCAUUAGAGAUACCUUGACCGAGACGCUUGGACGGCCGAUUUGGAUGCUGUUCAGUGAGCCGAUCGUGGUGGCUACGUCGCUCUACGAUGGGUUCAACUACUGCAUCAUCUAUGCCUUCAUUCUGGGCUUCGCACUUGUCUACGGCAAAUUGUACGGCUUCUCCAUCGGCAACGAGAACCUCCCCUUCCUCGCCGUCUUCAUCGGCGCUGUCAUUGGCUUCUUGGCCCUCCCCGCUCAGCUGGCAUGGCAGCGUCGCUGCGUGCGCAAGAAAGGCGAGCUUGGCCCCGAAGAUCGUCUGGGUUGGCUGGCCACCGCGCCCUUGUUCCCCAUCAGUCUCUUCUGGUUCGCAUGGACCGCUGCGCCUAAUAUUCACUGGAGCUCGUCGGUCAUCGCCACGGCCAUCUUUGGCUUCUCGAGCCAUAUCAUCUUCGUGGCCGUAAGUGAUUAUACGGCUGCAUGCUACUCUCGUUUUGCGGCCAGCGCUGUAGGGGCACAGUCGCUCAUGAGGGAGAUCUUCUCGGGGAGCUUCACGCUGUUUGUGGUGCAGGCCUACGAGAACGUCCACUGGAAGACGGCAGCGCCUUACUCCGGCUUCGGGACCAUCCUGGGCAUCAUCGCUAUCAUUCUCUCCCUCCUGCCUUACGCAUUGUAUGUCUACGGCCCCAAGCUGAGGGCCCGGUCGCCCUUUUGUGUAUCGCAGAUCCAAGAGUCAAAGGAGCGCAAGGAGAAGAAGGAGGGGUUGCGCGAUGUGGUGGAGACGGCUGGUGCGCCGCCUGGGGCGGAGAAGAGAGGUGCGGGUGCUUCAGCCUGA